AUGAACGCGCUGCCCCCGCCCUUACCGCUGCACCACCGCCAGCCGUGCCAGUCACCAGCACCACCUCGUGCACACCUGCUCAACCACUGCGCGCCAAUUCACCCGCUCGCGAGCCUUUCCACGUCGUCUCUGCCGCCCUGCAGCAUUCGCAUCGCAUGUGGUGCAGCGUCCCUUAGCGUCGCUACCAGAAAUAUCUUCCAUGGCGCCGUCUCUCCUCCGCCUUGCGCCGCGAUUCACGCCCACCGCCUCCAGCCACCCUGCCCGAUCACACGCUCCUUCUCGCGCGGCGCGUGGCGGAAGUUCCACGUCAGCGUCGCGCGCGUGGCUGCGGCGUUCCAUCUCCGCGUCGUGCGUCGCGCUGCUCCUCCUGCUGCUGACGGCGUCACUGUUGCGCGCUCGAAUUCGCCCGCAAUCGCCAGAAGACGGCGCCUGUGGGCGCAGUCACUGCUGCCACCAGCAGCCCUGCCCUCCUCCUCCGCGCCCUCCCCGCCGUGCACCGUGCGCCUGCACUCGCCCCACGCCGUGCCGCUCUCCUGGCUGCACUCCCCUUCCCCUCCUUCCCCCUCCUCCGCCUCCUCUGCCUCGCCCCUACCCACUGUUGCAUCCCCUGCCAGUGGCAGCAGCAGCGACCCUGCCGCCCUCCCACCGCACCUGCUGCCGCUCCUCGGCACGCCAGACCUGCCAGACCUGCCCGUGCCGCUCUCACCAUCGACAUCGCCAGCAGCAGCAGCAGCCGCAUCUUCUGAGGCAGCAGAGGAGCGAGCAGCGCUGCCGGGGACAGAUGGACCGGUGGACGUGAGCGUGCCGUGCUACCCUGACUACCCUUAUUACCGCCAGCAUGGGGCAGAGUACUUUCUCUCGCUCUCCCUCUUCUCAGGCACGGCAGCAGUGCAGAGGGUGCAGCGAGUGGAGGACGCGGAGGCCAUUUUCCUGCCCUACUGGUCCACACUCUCCUUCCGCACCAACGCCAGUGAGAUCCUGGACCCCAUCAUCGCCCGCUUCGCCCGCCGCCACGCCGCCACACUCGCCAGCAGUGCGGCCAACACCACUCACGGCAGUGGGGGCAGCAGCGACAGCAGCGGCAGCAAGAGCACUGGGGGAGAGGCAGGGCGCAUACCCCCCCUGGUGGUGCCAUGCGUGUACCCUCUGGCCAUGUUCAACCACUCGUUGCCCCUCGCUGCUGCCAUCAAGCUCGCUGUUGACCUUGACCUGCACUGGCCGCAGGCAGCAUCCUACGACCGGGAUGUGAUAGUGCCGUACGUGCCGCUAGUGCCGCCAUUCACUCACGACAGUGGCUCCUGGGCCCACCGCCCGCUGCUGCUCUUCUUCCAAGGCACCACCGAUCGCUGGGGGGGUGGCAUCAUUCGGCAGCAAGUGCAGAGGGAGCUGCAGGGGCAGGCGGGGGUGCAGUUCAGGGUGGGGCGGGCGGACAACAGCAGCAUGACAGCACAGGCAGCCUCUGCCAUGCGCCGAGCCAAGUACUGCCUGGUGCCGCGAGGUGACACGUCCUCCAGCUGUCGCCUGUUCGAUGCGAUUCUCUCCGGGUGCAUCCCGGUCAUCAUCAGCGAUGCCCUCGACCCGCCCGUUGAGGACGCCAUCGACUACUCCGCCUUCGCGCUGCUCAUCCCUGCCGCCCUCGCUGUGCGCCCGGGCUACAUGCUAGGCGUGCUGCACGCGCAGACGGAGGCUGUGUGGCGGAAGCAGUGGGAGGCCAUGCGGAAGGUUGCACACCAUUUCAUCUAUUCCUUCCCCCCGCGACACGGCGGGGCAGAGGACAUGGUGUGGCAGGCGGUGGCUCGGCGGGUGAGAGGGGAGUUCUCUCCGCGUUACCGCAACAGGCGCGGGCGCAUUCUGCUCGCCCAGCUGGCACAGGCAGGGCUCAACGCCUCCCAUCUCGAACAACCCUUGCCUAACCGGCCUCCUGUAACCUUUGAUGUAACACUAGACAAUGAAACAGAGAAGCCUUUUCAAGUAUAG